AUGGCUCAACCUUCUCGUGUACACUACUACGCAUCUCGCAUCGCUCCGUUUGUUCUCCUCACAGCAUGCACCUCUGCCGCACUCAACACGACUACUCUUCGCAAACAUCGAGCAGCCGAUCGAAAGCUGCACGAAGUUCAAGUCAGAUUUCUUCGAGAUCUCCUAGACGACGUCGAAGAUGGUGGAAUCCGCGCGUCCGACAUUGCUGCAUAUGGUUACGGCACUAUGAGCACAUCAACAGCUAGCACUAGGCGCAGCAACGAACGAGCGUACGAAACAGACUUGAAGAAGUCAUAUGUUGCUCGAUCCAUCUCUCUGGAUCCCUCGCAGCUCUCCUUGCCUGGCAUACCCAGCACCUCUUCCGUGUCCUCUCUCUCAACACACGAACUGAGCUGGAGUCAUAUCAUCUUUGGCGAACGAGGCGUGGGGGCUAUAAGGGAAGGGAUCCACAAAGCUACGGGCAAGAUCAGAGAGGAGUUUAGCUUCGGAGGGGCUCGGAAGAAUGGGGAGGCCGGUCAGGUCGACCGGGCUGCUACGGCCAGAGAGGAGCAGGAGGAGUGGAACAGAGAGAUCCUCUCCGAUCCUUCAACUAGCGGCACUCCAAUUCCAUCACGUUCUCAACCCCUCGGCGCGAGCGCGUCUGACGCAACACAUCGCAUACCCCAGCGAGGCAUCUCAACGGGAUCAGACGAGCACAGGAAAUCGGGCCAAGCAGCGAACAAGUCGCCGAGCAGGGAUGGGAGAGAAGCGGAAUCUCUAUCGGGGGAGGCGGAAUUGGAGGCGGAGAGCGCUUCCCGGCCGAGGACGUUCUAUUGA